AUGCAUGAAUCUGACCGUCAUCGUCCCCGAGCAGCCACUUGCGAAGACUGGGACGAGGUCACCCAGUCAGCUCUUCCAGGCUCUCAAACCAGUGCCAAUGUCUCCGCCAGACGCUCUCAGCAAGAUAUUGGUCUCCGCCAGCGGGAGAAGAAUGAAUAUAGUGCCGAUGGUGGCGACUCGGGCUAUGUUAGCCGGGCUGGCACUGUAGCUGGGGAAUCCACCUCGAGUCGACGUAAAAUUCCAGAUCUGAAGCUCGACACCGCAGGAAUCCGUGAAAGAGAGCGCAAGCCUUACCUCGUCUCUCAAAACAGUCACUCUCAACCUACCAGCCGCCGCCAAUCGUCCUCCCAUCUGAACGAAUCUUCGUCAGAGACGAGACCGUUUAAAGCCAAGCAUGACACGCAUGAGCGAGGCCCCAGCGGAAACCACGACUACUAUGGCAAGCACAUCGACACAAAACAAGAUCCCUCGCGAGCCUCCAAAGCCACUGUGCCACCGCCCUCUGCAGUGGGAGUCAAAACAUUGGUGGUGAAAGGCACAAAAGAUGAUCAUGCGGUGCCUGUAAAAGCCCGAAGAUCUUCGUCGAACCAGCAAUCGAGACCGAUAAGCAUGUUUGCUAAUGCUCCUAUCCCACUACAGUACAUCAACCAUGCAAUGUAUGGGCCUCCAGCCGUUGCGACAUCAGGCUAUGCGACCCCUGUGACACCAAACGUACCCUACAGUCCAAUGCCGUACUCAUAUGUCGUUCCUGCACCGUUGCCGACACCGUCGUAUCCUGUUUACCAGCCAUUUCCCUCGUACUUCGACCAACCGGCCAUCCCUGAGCCACGUUCAGCGAGGCCAAGCAGACAUCCAAGCCCGGUCCGACGGUCCAGCGUCUAUGGCGAACCUGUUAUUCGACAAGGUCACCCCGAUUCCGCUAUCAUGACUCUCGAACGAACACCUCCGAAAGAGAUUCGCCCACUGCCCUCAUCUCAAAAAUCUACCCGCAAUCUCGAAGAUGAUGAUCGGGCAAUCAUGCCACCGCCUCCACGACCACCCCAACCCGAAGUUGUCUUGACACGUCGCCCCAGCAACCGAAGGGCGAAAACCUAUCACCCGCAGGAGCCACAACUUCGCGAAAGAGUUGUGUAUGAGCCAGAGCGGUACGAUAGCGACGACGACCAUGAAUACAGACCAUCUCGACCUCCGCCUUCAGCAUUUCGUGAGCGCAGAGAAUCUGCUUCUCGUCCACCCUCGUCGUACCGCCCUCCUGGACUUCCGGAGGCACGCGAUCGACCAUUGCCCAGGAAAUCUGUUUCUUAUUCAGCUGGAACGACCGUCACAAAAGUUGCAACCUCAGCUCCUCGCCCCGUUCCUCGCCGUAUGGCUGUCCCUUUGGAGGACAAGGAAGCCGAGAUCGAAGAAUACCAGUCGAGGCGGAACAAGACCUCGAAUGAACUAACCGCUGAAGCUCUUCGUGACCUGGACCAGCGCAACUCAAGUUCGAGAUCUGAAACGGGAAGCAAUUUCAGUCGGCAGUCGUCCUCCAAAGAUUCCUCUGGUCGGGGAAGGAGUCAGACUAGCGGCACAAAGACUAGUAUUACCCUUCCCGGCGGCUUGAACAUGACGAUUCCUCCUGAUUAUAUCAGCAAAGACGGACGACCUCUUAGCAUCAGUAUCGGAGGGCUCGUCCUGUCAGUGGGUGCUGAAGGCAAAGAGAAUGAGCGACCCAAGGAGCAAAAGAGGAUCGAACGCGCACCGAGCAUUACGAGUCGAAAUUCCAAAAAGAGUGUGUCCAGCAGUGUCAUCUCGGCUCGAGAAAGAGAUCGAGAGGUGUCCACGUCCAGGCGGCCUUCUUAUCUGGAAGAACGUGGUCCAAGUCUAAGAUCAAGUCGCCAGCCUAGUCGAGCACCCAGCAUGAAUCGGCGUAGCCAGGACUAUUCCGCUCGCCAAAGUGUCGACUACAGCUACCUCGAUCUAUGA